UUUGUCAGUUUCGUUGCCGCUUGUCAUUCUGUGAAAUUGUAGAAUAUUUGAGAUUAGAGCAAAGUUAAUUUCAGGUUUCACAGUUAAAAAAAUAUAAAGCGGCCUAUUAAAAAGUUUCAAGUCAACAAAAUGGCAUUCAUGGGUGAUAUGAUGAAUCCAGCACCUCUCUGGCAAAAUGGACCAUCGCCUGGAGCUUUUUAUAAUUUUCCAGGUAACUCUUCAACUUUUGGGCCUGGGAACCGCUCAGCGCAGGACUUCAAGGCACACUCUGCAACUCCAAUUACUACCACCACAACAGUAAUUGGAUUGAAAUUUGACAAAGGAAUAGUUAUUGCAGCAGACACACUCGGUUCUUAUGGUACAUUGGCAAGAUUCCGUGACUGUCCACGUGUUAUGAAAGUAAAUGACCUGAUUCUCCUAGGAUCGGGUGGUGAUUAUGCUGAUUUUCAGUAUUUGAAGGACAUUAUUGAACAGAAAAUUAUUGAUGAGAAGUGUGUUGGUGAUGGCUUGCUACUGAAACCACGCUCGCUUUACUGUUGGCUAACAAGAGUAUUAUAUAAUAAGAGGAGCAAGAUGGACCCCUUGUGGAACAAUUAUGUUGUAGCUGGAAUUCAGGAUGGAGAACCGUUCCUCGGGGCAGUGGACAAGUUGGGUACUGCUUAUGAGGAUGCAGCCAUUGCUACAGGCCUUGGAGCAUAUAUGGCUACCCCUCUACUCAGAGAAGCUGUUGAUAAAGGAAAUCUGGAUGAACAGUCUGCCAAGGCUAUAGUACGAAAAUGUAUGGAAGUGUUAUUCUACCGCGACGCUCGUGCCUUUCAGCGGUAUCAGCUUGGAGUGGUGACGGCUGAUGGUGUGGUCAUUGAUGAUGUAGCAGAGAUCAAACAUGACUGGUCCCUCGCACACAUGAUUCAUAUGAAGUGAACUCUAUUGUAAUAAAUAAAAGAUUUUUUAAUGGUUU